AUGCAUUGCGUUAGUCCUACAAGAGGAGUCCCUACCUUAGCAGCCUCCCGUUUACAAAGAUGGGCCAUUCUUCUAUCAGGGUACCAGUAUGACAUUAAGUAUCGCAAGUCUGCGGCGCAUAGCAACUGUGAUGGGUUAUCACGAUUGCCUAUAAUAAGUGAGGAGGUUGAAGAUUCAGAGGAUUUAGUUUCCUUCAUUGAGGAUCUUCCAGUUGAAGCUAGUGUCAUUGCAAAUGCAACAAGAAAAUCUCCACUUCUGAGUAAAGUCAUUGAUUUCGUGUUAAGUGGGUGGCCUAAACAUAACAAUGAUUCAAGGCUACGACCAUUUUUCAGCAAACGAUUUGAGCUUAGUUUUGAUCAUGGAUUGUUACUUUGGGGCUUACGAGUGGUAAUUCCAGAGACUUUGCAGAACACUAUUCUCACAGAACUGCAUGAUCAACACAUUGGAGUAAACCGUAUGAAAUCUCUUGCUCGCGUUUAUGUAUGGUGGCCUAACUUGGACGCAGAAAUUGAACACAUUGCGGCCACCUGUGAAACUUGUCAGUCGUUGAGAAAAAUCCCGGCAGAAGCACCAUUACAUCCAUGGGUUCGCGCUUCACGCCCUAUGGAACGUAUUCAUAUUGACUUUGCAGAUUUUAAGAACCAGUCAUUUUUGAUAUUAAUUGACAGUUACAGCAAGUGGCUUGAAGUACUUCCAAUGAAAAGCACAACAAGUGAAAAAACAAUUGACAAACUAAGAUGUAUUUUUAGUUACACAGGAUUACCCGAGGAACUGGUUUCAGACAAUGGUCCACAGUUUACAUCAGUUACUUUCAAGGAUUUUAUGAAAACGACGGGUAUUAAACACACACUUACUCCCCCUUAUCACCCAUCUUCAAAUGGACAGGCAGAAAGGGCUGUCCAGAUUGUUAAAAAUGCUUUGAAAGCAAGAAUUAAGGAUAAUAGUACAAGAAUCAACACUUUAAGUCUUACACAUCUUCUUGCAGACUUUUUAUUAAAAUACAGGAUAACCCCACAUACUACCACUGGGAUUGCUCCGUGUGAGUUGUUCAUGAAUAGACAGUUACGUACAAGAUUGAGUUUAGUAAAACCUUCUAAAGACAGUAAAGUAAAAGACAGUCAAACGAAAAUGACAGUCAAUCAUGAUAAAUCUUCAAAAUUGAGAAUAUUCGAAAAGGGUGAUCGAGUGGCCGUAAAGACCACAAUUAAUGGGAACAAAUGGGAGUGGAAACCAGGUGUCAUUCAUAAGGUACUUGGAGCCGUUUCCUAUUUGGUACGUUGCAACAACCGUCUAAGAUUCUGUCAUGUUGACCAUCUAAUUGCGCGAUAUACAGAGUGGUCAUCUAGUGAGCCCUCAAGUGAGUUGCAGGCUCCCAAUCAGAAUUCUACACAUUCUGAAGGUUGUGUCCCAAACCAUGAACCUUCGGUGGAGGUCUCGUCUCAACCAUCUCAACCACUUGAACCAAUACCUAAUCAAUUACCUUCAAACCCACCGCCUUCACCUGUGCCAACUUCUGGAACAACUGAGUCAAGUCCAGUGAAGGAAAGACCGAAACGUAUCGUUAAAACACCACAAAGACUGAAAGAUUAUGUUUUAACCAAAUAUUAG